AUGUCACAAGAAGGGACAUAUCGCAAAGCCUGCCGAAGUAAGAAGCAAGGCGAUUUCAAGAACAGGAGCGGAGCAACGGGUGCCAAGAAUACAAAGUACCAGAAACAAGCCACGUUACAAGUGGAAGAAGAGGAAGUAUGUUCACUUUAUGUUCUGGGAAGUCAGGAUGCAAUCAAAGUCAAUAUGACUGUAGCUGGACGAGAAUUAGAGCUGAUUAUUGACACGGGUGCAACUAUUACUGUGAUUCCCAGGGAGACCUAUGAGAAACAACUAUCUCAUGUCAAAGUCCAGAGCAGCAACGUGAAAUUACAGUCAUAUUAUGGACAGACAUUGUCUGUACGCGGAGAAGUUGCAGCAAUACGAGGUAAAGUAGUUGUCGUCAAUGCUGCAAAUAAGACAGCAGUGCUUGCAAGGAAUUGGUUGUCACAACUCAAGUUGGACUGGGCAUCCUUAUUUAGCUUGAAUGUCCUGGAUCCCGUACACGAGUUUCCUGAGUUAUUCAAGGAAGGAAUGGGAAAGCUGCAAGGAGUGCAAGCAAAAAUUACGUUGAGUGCCAACGCAAGGCCCGCCUUUCAUAAGGCAAGACCAGUACCAUUUGCGUUACAAGCUAAAGUGGAUACUGAAAUCGAUCGCUUAGUCAGAGAAGGAGUACUGACACCUGUAGAACAGAGCGAGUGGGCUUCACCGAUAGUAGUGGUGAGGAAAUCUGACGGCAGUAUCAGAUUGUGUGGUGACUACAAAGUAACCAUCAAUGAAUAUUUGGGAAAUAUUGAGUAUCCCACACCAAAUGCUCAAGAUUUAUUUGCUACUUUAGCGGGUGGUCGACGAUUCACCAGGCUUGAUCUAAAGCAAGCUUACCAACAAAUGGAAGUGGAUACCGAAAGCCAACAGUAUUUAACCAUAAAUACUAGGAAGGGUUUGUUUACUUAUACCAGAAUGCCUUUUGGUAUACGAACAGCAAGAGUGAGGCAAGUAUUACAACGCCUAAAGCAACGAGGAGUCCGGCCAAAGAAGGACAAAUAUCACGAAGGUCUGAAACCUACAGAAGGCAAGGUCAAGGCUAUCAGGGAAGCACCUGAGCCAAGAAAUGUGACUGAGUUGAAGGCAGUUCUGGGGCUGUUGAACUAUUACAGUCAUUUCUUACCAAAUCUGUCGAAUACUUUACAAGCAUUGUAUGAGUUACUUCAAAAAGGAAAACAGUGGAGAUGGACAAGGAAACACAGGACCGCAUUCAAUGCAGCAAAGAACAAGUUAUUACAGUCUGGUUUUCUUACGCACUAUGAUUUGUCUCGACCAGUCAAGCUCAAAUGUGACGCAUCCCCAUAUGGAAUAGGAGCCUGUUUGAGUCACGAGUUUGAGGAUGGAUCGGAGAGACCAGUAGCAUUUGCUUCACGAACACUGUCAUCAGCAGAAAAGGGCUACCCCCAAAUAGAGCGGUAUCCCGGCGUUAGCAGCAGCAAGGCUGCAGAGGUGGGCACUAAUUUAAGUGCAUAUAAGUACAACCCGGAGUUUAAAGCUGGAGAGGAGAAUAAGGAAGCAGAUAUGCUGUCCCGACUGCCAAUGGAAGUGAAUAUCAUAGACCCUAACCAGGAAUUGUACCAUGUGGAUUGCUGUAAAAAUCUACCUGUAACAGCAGCAGAAGUAGCACGACAGACUAAAGCAGAUCCAAUUUUGAGACGGGCAUUCCAGUAUACAUUGUCUGGAUGGAACUGGAAAAGUCACAUGGAUCCCAGGGUACAACCCUACUCACGACGGUCAGAUGAACUUAGCGUUGAAGAGAACUGUUUACUGUGGGGAACACGUGUGAUAAUACCGCAAAAAUUACAGUCAAGAGUUCUAGCAGAUCUUCAAGAAAAUCUCCUAGGUUCAAAUCGAAUGAAAGCAUUAGCAAGAUCGUAUAUCUGGUGGCCGAGUUUGGACAUGACGUUGGAAGAAUUGUGCAAGAAAUAUGAAAUUUGCCAAAGUCAGAGGAAUAAACCGGCUGCUGGUAUUCCUCAUCCAUGGAUGUAUCCCACAGCACCUUGGGAGAGAGUUCACGCGGAUUUCGUAGAGUUGAAAACUUACACGAGCAACGGACAGCUAGCGGUUGCCUUACGUUUGAGGAAAGAGAGUUGGAAACAAUUUGUUCUGUGUGAUAUCAAUGAGCCUCUUACAGUGACCAUUCAGAAUGAAUCUCAAAUAUGCUGGUUGACGGAGAGUCGAAGCAUUGGAAUGUAUGACACUCAAGUGGGAGGAUUUUCAACUACUGGCAAUCAAAUGGCAAUUGAAGGCUCAGCUAAUGCUUACUGCAAUGCAGCACAUGAUGUUGCAGCAAGUUGUUGUAAAUGA